AUGACACAAGUACUGGGCAAGGACCACCCAGAUGUUGCCAAGCAGCUGAACAACCUGGCCCUGCUGUGUCAGAACCAGGGCAAGUACGGAGAGGUGGAGUACUACUACUGCCGCGCCCUGGAGAUCUACGAGUGCAGACUUGGUCCCGACGACCCCAACGUGGCAAAGACAAAGAACAACCUGGCAUCCUGCCUUCUCAAACAGGGCAAAUACAAGGAGGCUGAGAUUCUGUAUAAAGAGAUUCUGACCCAUGCCCACGAGAAAGCGUUUGGAUCUGUUGAUGCUGAGAACAAAAUCAUCGGGAUGCACGGUGAAGAGAGGGAGGAGAUGAGCAAGGGCAGGCACAGAGACAACACCCCGUACGGCGAGUAUGGAGGCCGGUAUAGGACCUGCAAAGUCAGCAGCCCUACAGUGAACACCACUCUGAGAAACCUGGGGGCUUUGUACUGCCGACAGGGCAAGCUGGAGGUCGCAGAGACCCUGGAUGAGCGUGCCGUGAGUUCACGCAAGCAGACCAUAGACCCCAUCCACCAGAUGCGUGUGGUGGAGAUCUUAAAUGAUGGCGAGGGGGACAGGGAGAGACGGAGGAUUAGGGACAGCCUGUCCAGCGUUAAGUGCGAGAGCGGCUCCGAGACCGGCGAAAAAGUGAGUGUGGAGUGGAAUGGGGUGAGUACAAAUCCACUUCAAUUUAUUCAGUCCCCUAAACUCCAGUGACCUUAGUGAUGGACAUAGCAGUCAUACAGACUACACUGCUGAGCUAAUGGUCUGGUACAGUAGGACACCUGCCCUAAUCCUCAACAUUGCACAAUCCGUUCUCACUAUCCCUUGCUGUUUCUAACAUGGUUGUGUACUGUUAGGUUCUUAUUUUUCAGAGUAAAUAACUCACGGCCACUAGAGAAACUUAACCAAGUUGAAUUCUUCCCAAAAGGUUGUUGCAGUUGUAAUUCAGCCAAAAAAUGUUCUCACCAUCACAAGUAUAUAUUCCCCACUUCGGACACUCCUCUCUAAUCCUUACAUCGUAUGGUUCCACAGGAAGAGGGUAACAGGAUAAUAUAACAAGUAUUUCUCCCUUCAGGGGAUCUGACCUGACCUCAACCCCCCCCCCCCCCCUUCUCCUAAUCCACAGAUGUCCUCUCAUAUCACCUAUCGCACUCCCGUGACUCUCUCCCGUCCACCCAGGGCAUUCCACAUCCACUCUGUCUUUCUACAGAUCUCACUCCUUUAUAUACUAUGCGUCUGAUCUAUCAUGUCUUUAAUAUCACGAUGUUCAAAGUUUAGCCCGAAUCCAACAGUACCAAUUCUCUGCACUUUUUCCAAAGUGUGUACUUGCAAACCUGUACAUGGAUUUACAAGGAUUGUUGUGAAAGUAUUAGCUGGAGGGAGUUGUCACCAUCGUUAAAACCAUGAGAGGGAGGGUACUCACACCUGGAGCGCACAUUUCGUGUGAUGCAUGAAACAUUUGGACGCUGACAGAGUCAUCAGUACUAAAGUAUGUGUGCAAGGAAAUUAAGGCUGUUCACUCCUGGAUCUGGAGCAGCAUCUAUAAGAAAUUGUUUUCCAGUUAGCUAUACUGUAUCAGUCCACCAGCUCUGUAUUAGUGCCCUGUCAUCACUAAAGUGUCAGCUGGAAAUGCUUUUUGAAAAGGCAAAAAGCUGAUCGAAUGUCCCGGCAUACCCUGUUGUGUAACGUCUUUUCAUUUAAAUACUGGCUUUGUAUGUCUUCCAUUUUUUUUGGUGGUGCUUGUAUAUUAUAAUUUCUCGUUUUAAUGUCUGAGAGUUGUUAAAUGUCGCUGAGGUCGCUUGUUAAAGAAGAGAGACACAAAUGACACAGGUUCACUCUGGGGCAUCUUGUAAAGGCAGAAUCCUCUUUUUUUUCAGAAUUCACAAGGCACUACUGUUUGGCCUGUUACCUUAAUGACGCCUAGCUAAUGUGUCAAUCUGAUAGAUCACAGCUUAGUAUAGUCACUCACCAUUGUUUGGGGUCAGUUCCAUUUCAAUGCAGUCAAUUCAGGAAGUUGACUGAAUUGAAAUGGAAUUUACCCCAAACCUGGUUCGAAGUCUUUAAAAUGCCAAGCGACAGUGAAAUGUACCUCAGUCAGACGCUGGCUGUUUGUCCCUUUUAGGACAUCUGGACUGGUAAUGCUGGCAUGAGUUUUUCUCCCAUUCUCUCCUCUGCGAGCCGUAUGGGAGGGAGAGAUUAAUUUACUGCAUUUAAUGGGCUUUUACAGCCCAUGCUAGUCAGGCAACAGAUCUGCUGCAGUGGGAGCGCUGCCGAUAAGCCAUGACUAAAACAGUGAGGGAUAGUGAGAAGGGAUUUUGUUGGCUGCGUCCCAAAUGGUUACUGUGACCCUAUGGGCCUUGGUCAAAAGUAGUGCACUAUAUAGGGAAAUAAAGUGCUAUUUGGGACUCAUUUGGGACGCACGCAACUGAUCCUUCCAAGAGAUACCCAGACUGUGCCUCAUCUCACUAACGCACCCAGCCACCUCUUGCUACCCCCCUCCCACUCCAAACACACAUGUUCCGCCACUGCUAGCCUGCGAGGCUCACCUUUUAACACGGGACAUGCCAUGUCAAACAGUCUGUUAUAUCUGGAGUUUUUCUCCUGUCUUAUCCGGUGUCCUGUGUGAAUUUAAGUAUGCUCUCUCUUUCUCUCUCUCGGAGGACCUGAGCCCUAGGACCAUGCCUCAGGACUACCUGGCAUGAUGACUCCUUGCUGUCCCCAGUCCACCUGGCCGUGCUGCUGCUCCAGUUUUAACUGCUCUGCCUGCGGCUAUGGAACCCUGACCUGUUCACUGUGAUUACUAUUAUUUCACCAUGCUGGUCAUUUAUGAACAUUUGAACAUCUUGGCCAUAAUCUCCACCCGGCACAGCCAGAAGAGGACUGUCCACCCCUCAUAGCCUGGUUCCUCUCUAGGUUUCUUCCUAGGUUUUGGCCUUUCUAGGGAGUUUUUCCUAGUCACCUUGCUUCUACACCUGCAUUGCUUACUGUUUGGGGUUUUAGGCUGGAUUUCUGCACAGCACUUUGAUAUAUCAUCUGAUGUAAGAAGGGCUAUAUAAAUAAAAUUGAUUUGAUAUUCAGUUGGUUUGAAAUGCAGACCACCCAUUAACCACCGCCGUGCUUUGGCUGAUUCAUGUGUCCUCAUAUCUUUGAGGUUAUUUUAUGUUCUUAUAAUCCUUUUCUUGAUCUUUUAAAGAAAGGUACAGUGUGUAUUUGUUAAAUUGUGUAUGAUGGCAAAACAUUUUUUUUUAGCUUGCUAUCAAGAGUUUGAACACAAUUAUUCUGAUAAAAAAAGAUUUAACAUUUGCCAAAAUCCAGUCUCCUAUAGGAAUUGUGUGUACCUAGUACCAUAUGAUCAGACCUUUCACAUAGGCCCAGAAGCAGAGCUUAGUGUUCUCGCCCAUAUGGGUGCGAGGCAUAGCCAGGAGCCCAUCCUGUACGUAAAAUCUUACUCCGUAUGGGCACACGAUACCUGAUUUCGAACAUGUACAGAGAAUAUAGCUUUUUAAUAUCAUUUUUAUCUACUAUGAUGAACACAAGAUUGUAUUAGGCUACAAAAAUUCUUACUUGCAGUUCCAAAGCAAGUCCUGAACUAUUUAGCUACGCAUAACAUAUACUGUAGCUAUAUAGCAUAACCAUGCAUUAAAUAAUACGCACAGACAAAUGUCAAAAUUGUAUCACAAAUAGCAUUGAAAUUUGAAUCUGCAGUAGGGUGGAACGGCACCACUGGCUGCCCCACGAUUAUGGAUCAGCUACUCUUCCUGGGGUCCAGCAAAAUUAAGGCAGUUUAUACAGUUUUAGAACAUUACAAUACAUUCACAACACACUGUGUGCCCUCAGGCCCCUACUCCACCAAUACCACAUAUCUACAGUACUAAAUCCAUGAGAAUGUGUAGUGCGUAUGUUAUUUUGUGUGUGUGUGUAUGCAUGUGUCUGUGCCAAUGUUUGUUGCUUCACAGUCCCCGCUGUUCCAUAAGGUGUUUUUUAAUCUGUUUUUUUAAAUCAAAUUUGACUGCUUGCGUCAGUUACUUGAUGUGGAAUAGAGUUCCAUGUAGUCAUAGAUCUAUUUAGUACUGUGUGCCUCUCAUAGUCUGUUCUGGACUUGGGAACUGUGAAGAGACCUCUUGUGGCAUGUCUUAUGGAGAAUGCAUGGGUGUCCGAGCUGUGUGACAGUAGUUUAGACAGACAGCUCGUUGCAUUCAACAUGUCAAUACCUCUCAUAAAUAAAAGUAGUGGGCUCUCAUUCUUAAUUGGAAGAAGUUUGUAACCGUCACAACUCUUCCUAGAGCUGGCUGCUCGGCCAAACUGAACAAUCAGGGGAGAAGGGUCUUGGUCAGGGAGGUGACCAAGAAACCAAUGGUCACUCUGACAGCACUCCGGAGUUCCUCUGAGAUGGGAAAACCAGAAGGACAACCAUCUCUGCAGCACUCCACCAAUCAGGCCUUUAUGAUAGAGUGGCCUGGCGGAAGCCACUCCUCAGUAAAAGGCACAUGACAGUACACUUGGAGUUUGCCAAAGGGCACCUAAAGGACUCUCAGACCAUGAGAAACAAGAUUCUCUCGUCUGAUGAAACCAAGAUUGAAAGAUUGGGCCUGAAUGCUAGGUGUCACGUCUGGAGGAAACCUGGCACCAUCCCUAUGGUAAAGCAUGGUAGUGUGGGGAUGUUUUUCAGCAGCAGGGACUAGGAGACUAGUCAGGAUUGAGGGAAAGAUGAACAGAGCCAAGUACAGAUAGAUCCUUAAUGAAAACCUGCUCCAGAGCGCUCAGACUGGGGCGAAGGUUCGCCUUCCAACAGGACAACAACCCUAAGAACACAGCCAAGACAACGCAGGGGUGGUUUCGGGGCAAGUCUCUGAAUGUCCUUGAGUGGCCCAGCCAGAGCCUGGACUUGAACCCGAUCGAACAUCUCUGGAGAGGCCUGAAAAUAACUGUGCAACGGCGCUCCUCAUCCAACCUGAUAGAGCUUGAGAGGAUCUGCGGAGAAGAAUGGGAGAAACACCCCAGAUUCAUGUGUGCCAAUCUAUUAGCGUCAUACCCUAGAAGACUCGAGGCUGUAAUCGCUGCCAAACGGCUUCAGGAAAGUACUGGUAAAGGAUCUGAAUACUUGUGUAAAUGUGACAUUUCAAGGGGGUUUUGUAAUAAAUUUGCAAAAAUGUCUAUCCUUUUUUUGCUUUGUCAUUAUGGGGUAUUGUGUGUAGAUUAAUGAGGGGGAUAAAACUAAAGAAUUUUAGAAUAAGGCUGUAACUUAACAAAAUGUGGAAAAGGUCAAGGGGUCUAAAUCCUUUCCGAAUGCAAUGUAACAUGCAAAUAAAGAUCUAUUCUAUUUGAUUUUAAGAGUAGUCAAUACAGCAGUGCAGAUUUGGCCAAAGGCACAUCUCCGUUAGGAUAACCUGAAUAGGUUAAGGAUUGCGUUUAGUUAGAUGAUGCCCCACCUCAGAGCUUUUAAUCCAAUGUUUUUUGUUUGUUAGUGUUUCUUUCUCUUUCCAUCAGGCCUAAGCCACAUCAAGAUUAUUGCUCCAUCCUUUUCUCUCUUCUCUCCUACCACGAAAUUAAAAGUUCAUCCUCUACCAUUCCUCGUGUCCUCGGCAAGACUGCUCCUUGAUGUCACCUCUGUCCCUCUACUGACAACCGUUGGGAUGUUUGGUUUCCUCUAUCUUCUCUCUUUUCACUCUUUUCUUUCACUGACCCUGUCUCGUCAGAAUUUUCUCUCCCUAUUCCCAUAACACGAAGUCAUGCCUAUCAUACACACUCCUCUCCCUUCUAACAUCCAUCUGUAAUAUUGAGCUGUAUUCCACUGUAUUUAAUUAUGACAUGAUAGAAGGGGUCAGAGUUUGGAAAAACGGUUACCCGUGGGGAGCACAGUAGAAAAUACCAGAAUGGUAUUGGACAAUGGGGAAUCUGUGUCUAUGUGGCCUGCAACUGCUCCCGUCACCCUUAACAUCUGCCCAAAACCCCAGUCUAUUACCAUGACAACACCUGUCCCGUCACAACAUAGCUGAGGUUUGACUGUCUGCAUCUCAAGUCUCCCUUCAGGAUUUCACUGUUGCUUUGCGUUGGCCGCAGUCUUUAUUUGUGUUGGAGUCAUAUACACACAUACACACCCAGGACAGUAAGCAGCUGGCAUGUGAAAAUAGUCUGUGAUCAAAUACAACAUUUCUUGGGAGUCUGCAGUUGACAAACUUGGUACCUGUUUUUUAGCCAUAGUAGUAUCUUCUUAUUGAAAAAUGCAGUUUUAUUUGCUUCUUUUAAAGUAAGUUGAAUCAUUUUUUAAAUGUAUCCAUAUGCCUGAGAUCAAUGAACUGAGCAGUUUUAAAGAGGUAUUGUAAGAAAUGCUCAUGACUUUGUUAUAUUGCAUUAGGUAGGCUAACGCCGAUGACUUUGAGUUGUCAAGCGCGGGGAUGUAGUGGAUUCAAACGUGUCCUGUGUUUAUAUAUUUAUUUUCCUUGUUUACAUAACUUGUAUUACUCUUGCUGUGUCUUGGCGGCUGAAGAAAGCAGGGGUGUUCUAACUUACUAUACUACCGGUAUGUGGCGUUACUGUAUCAUACAGUAACCGCUGCCUGUUUGUCUUGGUGGAUUAAUACACACUGCAGCAUUUUCAGCCUGUGAAUAAUAUAGCGGCUUUAAUGAACCAUUUUUCACAAAAGAAAACUGUCAUUGCGACCUUCAAAAUUACCCUGUGGCUUGUGUUCUUAUUGGCUAGACUGCUCUCCCUUUUUUGACGCAUAGCGUUUUACAUACUGUAGGCCUACUGUUUACCAUGCACAGGUUACGUUUAAAAAGGGAAUAGUGUCACAUGAUCAAAUGGUUAAACUGCUACUGUAACAAGACAACCAACAUUUACAUUAUCAAAACAUCCUCGUCCUCUGAGACCAAGGAUAAGUUAGUGACUUUAUAUAGCCUUUGAAUGAUAUGUUGGCGUUGAGAUUGUAUAGCACAAAUUAGUGUUGCUGUUUGAGAACAUAUUAGUCAUAGUAUUUUUGUGUGAACACUUUAAUAUGUUGCCUUAUGUCAGAGUUUAUUACAGAUGAACAUUGUCCAUAGUUAGUGCUCCCUCAAGGCCAACUUAAGUGUUCAACCAACUAAAUUUAGUAAUUUCCACAUUAUACUUAAGUGUAUUAAUGAUAUUCAUGGCUUUGAUAAGUGCUCAUCACAUCAGGUGUUUGAAAUGUCCUUUGCAUUGAUUUUCCAUUCCUAACCAUGAAGCAUACUGUUAAGAAUACAAGCAACACUGACAAAAGAGGGAGGGAAACGACAAUGUUCAUCACGUAAUUCUGACAAUAUUGUUGAGUUAUAGUGGAAUGCUGCUGGUUUAUUUAACCUGUCUGUAAUUGAUGUUAUGUAGCGUGAACUUCCGUUUCCUAGGGCAGAAGUAAACUCCAUGGCAAGCACUGUCUUAGAAUGGACUGCAUAAUAUUUACCAUUUAUUCUUGCAGUGUGAUGAUUGUCGCAUCAACACUUGUUAGUAUUCUCAAAUAAAGUUUUUCCUUUGAAGUGUCA